AUGGGGUGUUUUUCCUCCCGAGAUAGAAACACAAGAGAUGAGAACAAAAGCAAGAGUGGUGGAAGAUUGCAAAGUCGUGGCUAUCAAGGUAGCACCAGAAGAAUCGAUGCUGGUUUGGUUUCUGUACCGGACAUGGGUUCGGUUGUAACUGAUUAUGGUUCCACUGCUCAUCAUCAUGCAAGUGGUUAUCAUGGCUGUGCUGGUGGAGGUGGAGGCGGAGGUUGUGGAGGAGGCGGUGGCGGCGGAGGUUGUGGAGGAGGUGGUGGUGGUGGAGGAGGCGGUGGUGGUGGAGGUUGUGGAGGAGGCGGCUGCUGA